UGCCUAUCCUCCGCACUAUUCGUAUCCCCACUAUCCCCAUCAACCGCCUCCGGGCUAUCCUCCGCCUCCGCCAGGGCACACGCCACCUCCACCGCAUCCUCCUGGCCAACUUUUUAGCUCGCAGCCCCUCAUUCGCCCACCUGCACACCCACCUAACCCCCCGCCCCAGCCACCGCCGCCAUCUGGCGAGGACCUUCCGUCGUACGAGGAGAUGUUAGUCGAGGCCCUUAUGGACUGCGGAGAUGCCGAGGGUGUCGCACCGAAGGAUCUGUUCACCUGGAUGGCCUCUCGGUAUCCUCUGCAAACGAACUUCCGCCCCAGUGCGAGCCAGGCCCUGCAGAAGGCCUACAAGAGAGGGAGGUUCGAGAAGUUGGCCGGCGGAAAGUACAGGUUGAACCCCAACUGGGAAGGCGGCGCGACGGCGAAACGGACGACAAGACGGCCACAGACGCUCGCGCAGACGACGUACGCGAUGCAUCACUCUCCCCCGCCGCCUCCUCCUCCUUUCACGCAAGCUCCUCUCCACCAACACAACCACCCAAACAACCAGCUCGCCCAUGGACAACAUCCCCCGCCCUACAACGGAUACCAGUAUCAGUAUCCAUACGGCCACUAUGCGGGGUAUGCUCAGCCGCAUCAACAGCAGCAGCAACAACCGCAACCCGUUCAGGAGAAGCGCGCCGAGCAGGCUCCAUCACAUCCCGCUCCUGCUGCUUCAAAAGCCCCUGCAAAGCCCGCGAGCGAAGAGAAGGACGAGGGCGACGCCUGGGAGGCCGCGCAACAUAUUCUCCAGGCCAUCAACUUCGGCAACAUCGCGAGCGGGGGCGCAGACGCGUCGUCGGAUCCCCAUCCAGGCAGCUCAUCCGGGUCUGGCGCGGUACUCCCGCCAAGCACCGCGGACGCUGGGGAUAUCGACGCUGUGCUGAGCGCGCUUGCGGACGCUGCUGCCGCGGCGUCCAGCGCGGCGGAGCCGCGGACAACUCUAACGGACGACGAGCGCGCGUCGCUGCAGGCGCAGCUGGCGCUAUUGGCUGCUCAGCUCACGGAGAUCGCGGAGGCGGACGAGGACGAGGAUGAGGCACCUGUCCCUCCCCUAGCGUCUGCGGGACCGAUCGUUUCAACGCAUUCGGCGCAAUCACCGGCGCUUCCCCUUCGACCCGCACACGGAGCGCCUCCUGAAAGCGACCGUCCGGUGUCACAACCUCCGCUUGUGCAACCUGCACCUCAAUCCGCACCCGGACCUCCGAAGAGUGUCAAUCUGCCCCCUCCUCCAAUCGCAGCCUACUCGGGGACCCACCUCAGCUUUGACGUAAAUGCGUUCCCCGAAGCCUUUCCUUCUACUGCACCCACACUCGCGAAUGCCAGCGGGGCGCAGACAGAUGUGUCCGAGCUGGGAGGGGAAGACAGCGACGACGACGAUAUGGAGGACGUCGUCGUUCCGCUGCACGGCCACGAUGUGCUACGGACAUGAGGGUUCUACAGUACGGUACGAACGUUUGUAGCUUUGGCAUGUAGGGGUUUACGUUGAAUGUCCGCGCUGUCCUUCUUGAGCGUGUCACGAU